UGCCUUGUUAGCAAGCGAGUAACAGAAAGACUCAACAAGUCUCAUGCCGAUGCCGAUGGCGAAAUCAAGCCUCCGAUCCGUCGCCUCCCUUUGCAGCCGCGCGGCCAAGCUCGGCACCAGGAGCUUCUCCUCUGCCGCUCGUUAUGACGAAGCCUAUGAAGCGGAGAAAUGGGAGAAGAUCUCGAUCGCGGGAAUCGUCACCUGCGCUGUGCUCUCGAUCUAUAAUCUGUCCAAGGGCCAUCACGAGCAUCCCGAGCCUCCGCCUUACCCAUAUCUCCGCCUCCAGAAGAAGGAUUUCCCUUGGGGUCCAGAACCCCUCACAGAGCACAUCAAAAAGAAGUCCUCCAAGCAGUAGCAUACCUUUACAAGGAUGCUUACAUCCACAACAAUUACUGCCUAGCUUUAAUAAGAUAUUUGGUGAAAUAAAGAAGGAUAUAUAUAUAUAUAGGUCUGAAAAUAUAUGAUCUGUUUUAAUAGCAUGAUAAAAAAUUGUAUUGAAUUUGAUUGUUAAGAUGUCUGGUAGACUUGAACUGUUAGGGAAACAUCGGAUACAUAUUAUGUUUUA